AGAGAGUGGCUCAUCACAAGUAACGGAUAGGGAGUGUGUGUGACACUUGAGCUGCCAGUGCAGCAGAGAAAAUACCACCAUUAAAAUAUUUUAUAUCGAAGCUUCGCUCUGUUUAACCUUUCAAGUGGCAGAGAGAAAAUCUGUUUGAUACAGACAAUCAGAAAGUAACGGUAGAAUUGGGGGAGGAAGUUUCAUAAAAGUCCCUCAGGCAUGCGUAAAAAUGAAAACCUUAUCUGGCAGGGAGACGAUACACUCAGCCAAGAUGUUAAACAAAGGACUUCUGCCCCAGACAGAAACCCCAGCAUGGCCCUGAACGAUUACAAUCCUUUAAAAAAAAAAAAACCUUUCUGAAAUAUAGAUAGAAGAGAAUGAGCUUGGUCUUGGUCAGAUCUUAAAGGUUAUCUUUUUUUGUCAAAAAUGUGGAGGAAUAUCACCAAAAGGGGGAGUUAUAGUACAAAAUCUUUCCAGGAGCAGAAGGUUCAGCUGCAGACUCAGGUGAAGGACAGCCAUCUGAAUCAACUGGGAGAGGUGGAGAAGCGUUUUAGGACCAUAUCGAGACAAUGUGGUGUGGUCAGACAGGUGCAUGAGAAACUGGAGCAGAACGUCGAGGAGGCAAUGCGGAUUAACAAUAAAAUCGUAUCCAUCAACAAAAAACAAGAAUCUACAAUUGCUGCCCUGAAAAAGGAUGUGGAGAGGCUAAACAGUGAGCUGGUGAAAAGCAAAGUUGUGUCCAUCUGCAGAUCUGGAGACGAAAGUACUCAUUACCUGCUGAAAGCACAAGAACAGCAGGAGCUUAAACAGAGGCUGAUUGUGGAGACUGAACUGAAUAAGAAGCUGAGAAAUGAAAUUGCUGUAGAAAGAGCAGAGAAGCAGGAGCUUAUGUGCACCCUUCAGCAUGCACAGGGGCUGCUGCAGACUCAGACACAGGCUGUAAGUCGAACUGAGCAACAGCUCCUCAUACACACAGAGGAGUACCAGGUCCUUAAACGAGAACAUGAAAUGGUCCGAGAGAGGAGUAAAGAAAAAGAGGACAGACUUGUGCACUUGAUAGACGACUACAAACGUUCCAAAAUGACUUUGGAAAAAGAGAUGGAGACUCUCCAUGCAAAGAUGCAGGCAGACCAGGCAGAGCUGAAAGCUGUUAAAAAAGCAUACGAUCAUCUCCAUGAGAAACACAGACGUCUGUCCUCUCGUGUGAUGCAUCAAGCAAGAAAAAUUCACGGCUUAGAGACUGGCUUAAAGGAUGACUUUGACAUCCAAACAAAUUCUCCUACCAGCUUAAACUGUGAUAUGGAUGUAGACAAGGACACAUCUAUAGAUGGAGAAGCCUGUCAAGCCAGUCCUCAGAAUAACUGUGAGCAUAUGAGACAUUGCAAAGAAGAUGAAGACAUUCCAGAUGAAAGGACUGCUGAGUGUCAAGAAGCGGCAAUAGGCGGAGAAAACGAUGAGGUUAAUGUUCGUUCACAGAUGGAUCGAACAACUCUGGCGCUUCUGCCUUCAGAAAGCCUUGAUACUUUGGCUCCAGAUCAGUCAGAGACAAGUGAGAGAGUCGGUGGAACUGAUGUGACAAAUCAGCAGAUAGAUCCAGCUGUCAAACAAGAAGCUAGUGUCAGUGAAAGCACACCAGGUUACCCUUCAGACACAGUGCAAAGUUAUACAGAAAUCUGUCUCGCUAAGCUAUCAGAACCCCAAACCAGGUCUGUUUAUGGUGUGGCCAGUGACCCAGUGAUGGCUGAACCCAGGGUUACGCUAGUGGAGAAGAGUCUGUGUGUCUAUGAAAGACGAGAGCACCAGACACCAGAUAAAGACACAUCCGAGACAUCUCAGGACGUUGAAUUGAAAGAACCUCAGAUUGUAGCACCUGAGAUAAAUAAGGUUCCCUCACCAAAUAGUGAUAGUAAACCUUGUGUAGAUGAAGCAGCCAUUUUUGUGGACAACAAUAAAGUACCCGGACAUGCAAAUAACAAGAGUCCUACGAAUUACGGUCAGUUAGGUGUAGCCAGUUCAAGUCCACAAAAGCGAAUCAUUCCUCAGGAGCCAGACUUUUCUCAUGAAGAGGUUACUUUAGUACUUUGUGCUGCCUCGAUUUCUGACACAUCCUUAAGUGAACUACAAGGAAGUUCUGACAUCAUGGAAGAUACAAACAACUGCAUCAUGGUCACUGCAGCAAAAUGUAUCCCAGAAGCGAAGUCGAAUGCCGUUUCCUAUUCUGCUGAAUCUUCCUCCCAAAGCACUGUGUUUAUCACGGCUAAUAGAGCAGAAGCUCAAGAUGGAAAUAAAACAGACGAUAUCUGUACUCCUGCUUUAUCUGUACGGAACAACGAGCAGAAUGCAGAAGCAUGUCCAGAUCCCCAGAUCUCAAACCCCCAGGAAGAUUCUGUAUUCACUGAUAUGAAAGUAAGCGAACAGCCAAAUAAUGCAGAAAUGCAAAUUAUUGGCACAGAACCUGAACAGAAUGGUGAAAGCAAAAGUUAUGGGUCAUCUCUUAAGUUGGACGUGCCUUUGAAAGAAACGAUGGAUUCACAGUUGAACGGUUCACAAAGUGCAGCAACGGCACAAACAAACAAACCCUCAAGACUGUUCAUUUCUGAGCAAAAAUCUGCGCUGCCCUCUGGCUUCCAGGACCUUCUCAGAUCAAUGUCUAUGCCUGUUGUACCAAAGUCCACACUAAAAAAGAGAGGUGGACCUCCUGACAAGGUGCACUUUUCAGACCUCCAUUCUGACCAAAAAAUCGAUCACUGCACGAAAUGGAAUGCAAUAAAAGAGACGUUUUCUGAAAUCUCUGCUGAAAAGGAGAGCAAAAUUCCCAUCUCGUUUGGUUCAGCUCAGCCAAGCAGCCCAGCGGCAUGCUCUGGGGGUAAUGGGCUGAGACAGAACUGCACUGUUACUCCCCCUCCCAGACGGCACAGCUUGGGAAAAGUGUCUCGGCCCGCGUCUGAGGAUCGAACGCCCACGCCUCUUGAGAAAGAGGACCAUCAGACGUCUGACAUCAGGUCGCAAAUCGCCAAGAUCGAACAGUUCCUCUCUUCUGAAGGUCUCAGACCACAAAAAAGAUGUAGAGUAGAUGAUUCCCAGGCUUAAUUUAAAAGGUUAAAUGCAGUAUCUUCAUGUUAAUAUGCGAGCUGUUAUAGAGCUAUUAUUAUUUUAUAAUAAUUAUUUAUAUAAUUAUUAUUAUAAUAAUUAUUUAUAUAGUUAUUUUUUGUUUGUGUCACAUGUAACAGAAAAGUAUAUCAGGCUUUUGUUAGAUAUAUGACAAAAGCCUAAUUCUCUUUCUUGUUUAUGUGAAACAUGGCCCAGAACGAUGGGCUCCAUGCUUUACCCUACUGAUAAACAAGGUAAGCUGUUUCACAUAAAACAUGUUAAUUACAGAUGUAAAGCCAAUUAACGUUUAAUUACUCCCUGGAUGGCCUGUCUUUCCCUCUGAGGACAUUUAAUUUGCCAGCCACAAACUGCCACCAACUAUAACUUGUGUUAAUUAAAACGUUCGAGUACCAGGAAUCAAUUAAUGCACAUUAACCCAAAUUUGCAAAUGCAAAUGAUUCUCUCAUUAAGUUUAUGUUCUCAAUAAGGAGGUUGUUUAGAGCAUAUGGACAUAUGUUAGGGCGAUACAGAUGACAAAACGUGUUGGCGCUGCUGGUCAAACAGAGUUUAUGUUGUAGAACAGUCAGCAGAUGUUAAUGAGCUUCUCUGUGCACCUGAAAAGCUGCAAAACUAAAAUCUGUGUCAUUGUAUAAUUCUUAUUUGAUUUUGUUUUCUUUCAUUUGGGAUGUAUGUGUUAGAGUGUGUGUUUGGUUUUUCCCAUAUGUUAUACAGAACUGAAGCUGAUGCAUGCAUUUCGUUCUGUUUUAUUGUUCGAUAAAUCACAGUUCAUUUUUAAAAUUAAAGCAGUUUAAAGGGCUUCAAACAAAAUCAUUCUCCUUAGAAGAAAUAAAACCACACUGCAGAAAGGAAAUGCACACCUCCUGAAGAUGGCACAAGGUCCCUCUCAGGUCUGGCUUAAUACACUUACUCAUUAUUAAUAUGUCAAAAUGUUAAUGUCCUCAUAAAGAAAUCUGAUGUGUUUUGAGUGUCUGUGCCAGCAGUGCUGACCCUUAUCCUUAAAGGGAGUAGGCAAUAUGGAAAGCGUAAUUUUAAUACACAAUCUGGAAUAUGAAGUGGCGGUCCUUUGAAACAGUCAAUUACACUUGAGCGCGGGAGGAACCCCGGUGUUAAUUACUAGUCGGUUUUAUAUAGAGUGUAAAUAAAGAGCUUGCUGACAUUCACAUUCCAUCACUCUGUCCUGACUGCCACAGCAAAUUAGCCUGGCCCCUAUGGGCUCCACUGGACCCUGAGUGUUCAUUUAACACUAGAAUAACACUCACUAACACUCGCCGUCACAGGAGGACUGCACAGGCAGGGCUUGCGGAGAUUGCGCUGAUUACAUUUUUAAAGACGCUUUCCUUAUCUCUUAGUAAAAUCCUUGCGUCUUGUCAAAAGUAGAUCAUUUCGGAGAAAUUGUUUACAAGCAAUUCACUUUAAAUAGUUAUAUUUUGUAUGAUGCACAUAAACACUAUUAACGUCAGAUAAGAUUCAUUUCAAUUCAAUUUUUUUUUCGAAUUUCAGCAUGAAAUCCUUAACCAGGAUAGUCUUAAGUUCAUAGCAGGAUUGUAAUAAAACGCCCAAACAAUUGGUUUGGCUACUAAGCAAUUGUUAACUACCUUAUGUUUUUUUUUCUUGCCCAAAGACCCCCCCUCGUUCUUUCUACAUGGAGGAGGACACUCUUGUGUUGUGAAUCACCUCCGCUUUAGCCUUCUCAUAUUACCUCUCACAGAGAGACGAGAAGAUAAUCCCUGCCUGCCCAGUACUGUCAGAGGUCACCACAGUUUAAAGUUCACCAUCCACAUCAUUUAUAUAGCCCUAAAUUAGCCCCAACCUGUGGUUUGCUCUCUCUCUCUCUCUCUCUCUCUCUCUCUCUCUCACACUUUUAACUGACUAUUGAUCAUAUAAUUGCUCUGCACGUCCUUCCAGCGAGAAAUGUGAACAAUGCUCAGCAGACAAUGCAUUUGAUUGAAUUAUGCUCCUCGAGGACCACCGUGGGAGCACCACACGUUUUUAAUUCUGCAGAGGUUAGGAGCGAUCACACGAGUACACGGAACUCCCCCUUACGUCUAUAUAUCUGUGUACAGCACAGUGUGCUUCAUAAAGGAUGAACUGUUUCAGCUGUUACUGAAAAGUAGUGGACCCCAAAGCCCUGUCUUAACCCGCGUGCUGUCCCGCAUUAUCCAUGUCCCUGCUGACAUGUUGGGCCGUAAGUCUCGCACAGCGGGACGCCCCAGCUGGAUGAUGGAGAGCGCUUGUGCACUCCAGGGGAUCUUGUAAAACUGCCUUGCCCCUGAUUUCCACUCCGAGCCCGGCCUCCACCUCAGCACACUCUCCAUUCUCGGCUUGCCCUAAAUCAUGGAGCGGGGAUGACAUGUUGAGAUCCAUUAAGCAACAAAUGUAUUUAGUUACUAACUUUUACAGGGUCAGAGAGAUGGUCGGGGUCUUGCUGUUUUAAAGUAAUGCACUGUGGGGUACUGAAUCAGUGUCAGCUAAUGAAGAGUAGGUGGCCUGUUCAAUUACAGGGGAAAAGGUAGUUUUAUUUUAUUGACUUUUUUUUUUUUUAACCAAAUUGCUGAUCUCUCCCUUAUAGUCAUAACCAGCCAUAAGAGUGAGGUAUGUUAAGAGGAUUUUCUGAAGAGAUUUCUUCAUCUUUUUGCCUCUUUAUCAUUUAUUAUUAAAAUCUUUUUACUUAAUUAUAAGCUUUAUAUUAAAUUAGAAUUUCCAGUGUUUAAUUUGUAUUUUUUAUCUUAAGCUGCUAAAAUUCUGGAAAGCGUCGCUGUUGCUCUCUUUGUCAGCAAUUAUUCAUGAGUGAAACUUGCUGUUGUUUUUAUCAGCAUUGUUUUUGAUAGUUCUGUGUGUGUGUGUGUGUGUGUGUGUGUGUUAGUCAGAGGGUAUGAGAUAGAUAUUGAGGCCACUACACAAGGCCCCAAUGACAUGCAUCAUUAAUCUCACCCAGCUACCCUUAACUGCUUCUCAGUUAUGAAGAGAAAAUCUCAAUAGUUUUAUUGAACCUUAUCCAUCUCUCUCUUUUCCAUCCUCAACC